AUGCAUCCAUGGAAGCACAUGCCGACCCUCGCAGGACGUCGACCUGGAACCGUGGCACAGAACGGUGGCGGUUCGCCCCCCCUGCUAGGUGACCCCUUUGGGCCCAGACAGGACCCCUGGAGCGCAUGUGCAGCAAGCCUCCGUGGCAGGUGGCUUGGGGGGGAGUCUUUGGCCGUUGGCUGGCGCUGGGUUGGAUUACAAGGAUGGCGGAUUUGGACGCGAAACCCUGAUCGGCAGCGGCAGCGGUGCCGAAGGGGGCGGGCCCCGCCAGGCGGGAAUAGGCGGGGCCCGGGCGGGAAUAAGCGCGCAGGGCUGGAGCUGUCAUCAGCCCAGCCAGCUUUGAGCCUGCGCCUGUGCUGUGCCGCUGCGGUGCGAGGCGAGUCGUGCUGUGUGUGCCCCAGCGGACGCGGUCUGGGCUCCCAACGACACUCGAUGUUGGAUGAUGAUGAUGAUGACGAUGCUCCAUCACGACGCUACUAUUCUGGGGUCUACAAUCCGACGAAUUCGUUCGCCGUCUCGAUCGCAUUAACAGGAGUCCAUGGAGGUCCCGGAGCUGUUAUGACGCGCCUCCGUUACGCUGAGGUUCGCAUUUGCGUUUUGCCCUGCCUUGCUGCUGCUGCGAUGCCAUACAAUGCGAUUUUGAUGCCGCGCUCGGGCAACCUUGCUGCACAAGGCCCGCCGUCGCGCGGCUCGGCAGUUGGCCCGCAUCGUCUGCGACGGCCUCGGCAGCCGGGACGCAGGCGCUCAAGAAACAGCAAGGCCGCACGCUCCGCGCCGACAACCACGACAAUUGAUGCUUCACGGUAG